AUUUACCAGUCUCUCUCGAGGCAUCUUCCUCGUAAUACACGUGCAGAUAUUAUAAUGUUAACCGAAAAAAAUCACGAUGAAACUGUCAAACACAUUUAAUAUCCAGCAUCUUAGAUAUUGACAAAUAGCGUCUUGGUGAGGGUUGUCUGUGGUGCGUGCUGUGGCUUUAAAUGGCGCUCCUCCCCCUCCGCUCUCCUCUGCUCUGGAGGUGCUGAAACGUCGCCUUUCUCGUUUCAGAGCACUAGCAGCCAUGGCUGAAAUUAAGACGGGCAUAUUUGCCAAAAACGUCCAAAAGAGGCUCAGUCGGGCGCAGGAAAAGGUUCUGCAGAAGCUGGGAAAGGCAGAUGAGACGAAAGAUGAACAGUUUGAGCAGUGUGUGCAGAACUUCAAAAGACAGGAGUUUGAGGGCUCUAGGCUACAGAGGGAGAUGAAGGCCUACAUAGCAGCUGUGAAAGGGAUGCAGCAAGCUUCUAUGAACCUGACAGAGUCGUUACAUGAAGUAUAUGAGCCUGACUGGCACGGCAAGGAUGAUGUCAUGACCAUUGGAAAGAACUGUGAUGCUCUGUGGGAGGACUUCCAUCAGAAGCUGGUCGACUCUACCAUCAACAAUCUGGAAACAUAUUUGACUCAGUUCCCAGAUCUCAAGGUGCGUGUCGCAAAGAGGAGCAGGAAGUUAAUUGACUAUGACAGUGCGAGACACCAUCUUGAGACCCUGCAGACUUCAACCAUAAGGAAUGAGAAGAAGAUAUCAAAAGCAGAGGAAGACUUGAAAAAGGCCCAAAGGGUUUUUGAUGAGCUCAACGUUGGCCUGCAGGAUGAGCUGCCCACACUCUGGGAUAGUCGGGUGGGGUUCUACGUGAGCACCUUCAAGAACGUCUCCGGCCUGGAAGCUCGAUUCCACAGGGAGAUCUCUUUUCUCUGUCAUAAGCUGUAUGAAGUGAUGAAUAAGCUCGCUGAGCAGCACUCGGACAAAAUGUUCACGAUUCAAGGAGCGCCCAGUGACUCCGGGCCCCUGCGAUUAGCCAGGACUCCUACCCCACCUGACGAUGAGAGCCCAGACAGCAGCCCAGCUGCCAGCCCUAACCACACACUAAGGCCCACAUCUCCCGGCCCACCUCGACCCAAAUCACCUUCACAGCUCAAGAUGGGACCUCCAAAACCACCUCCUCCAAAAGUUACUCCAACCAAGGAGCUCCAGCAAGAGCAGAUAAUCGACCUAUUCGAUGGAGGCUUUCCAGAAAUCAGUGUUACAUCACCACAGCCAAAUGAGAAACCCGGAGAAUCUCUCCUGGACUUGGAUUUUGAUCCGUUCAAGCCUGAUGCCAGUACACCUAUUGGGCAGACCCAAUCACCCAUAUCUCAGACACUACCUUGGGAUCUUUGGACGGGAAAUGCUGCACAGCCUGCAGAGCCUGCAGCAGAUGCUGGCUUCACUGCCAACUGGGCAGCUGACUUUGGUUCUUCUGCUACGGCGAGUACGGAGGAACCUGAAAAUGCUCAACCUGCAUCGGAUGGGCAGGGCUGGCCACCUGCCGAUGGUUGGCCUACAGAGGCAGCAUCACAGCCACAGGAAGUGGGGACCACAGAUGAGGUGUCCAACAAGGCUUUUAACGGAUUCUCAAAGGAUGCAACAGUCCCAACAUUCGUGGCCGACUUUGAUAAGAUGUCUGAGGCCCCAGAGGGCGACGUAGCUGAAGGAGAAGGUGAAGCACCCCCAGCCUCAGUACCUGAGGGUGGUGAGGGUCCCGUCACCACUCCCCCUACAGACACACAACCAGCAGAGAUCACUGCUUCAAGCCCCCCUGCAGAGACAGCCACAAGCACUGUGGAGUCUCCAGUAUCUGCUGAGACUGAGGCAGCUGAGCAGGCUGAGCUCCCAGUUGAGGACAUAGAAAAGGAGCAACCCAGUGAAGAAGCCCCGGAAUCUGCUCCAGUCCAAGAAACAGAGAAGGAGUCACCUACAGAGGCGGCUCUGGCUACUGUUGAAGAUAAAGAGUCUCCCAUUGAAGAGACUCCGACUAUAGGUGCCAAACCAGAGGAGGAGGCCAGUUCACUAGAAGCCAAACCAGGAGAUGAACCAGAUAAUGUUGAGCCCAAACCAACAGAUGAACCAGAUAAGGUUGAGCCCAAACCAACAGAUGAACCAGAUAAGGUUGAGACCCAACCAGGAGAAGUUGCUGAUAAUAUUGAACCCAAUCCAGGAGAUGCUCCUGAUAAUGUUGAGCCCCAACCAGGGGAUGAAACCAGUAAGGAGGGUGCUGCAAACAAUGGGAAUGAGGAGGAGAAGAUGCCUAUCCCUUCUGUUGUUAUUGAGCCUGCCUCUAGUAAUGAGGGCGAUGAUGACCGUGAUGGUGAUAUCACAUCUCCAAUAGCAACCAGUGACAAUGGGAUGAUCGCAGAAUGCCAGACAACCAAAGACAUCUCCUCUGGAAUGCCUUCUGGAUACCUUUACAAGGUUGAAACAAUGCAUGACUUUGAAGCAGCGAACCCAGAUGAACUGGAGCUGAAGAAAGGAGACAUUGUUUUGGUAGUACCUACAGAGCUAGCUGAAGAUCAGGAUGCUGGUUGGCUCACUGGCAUCAGAGAGAACGACUGGCAACAGCGCGGAAGCUCAGCUCAGAAAGGACUGUUUCCUGAAAACUUUACACAGCGCCUAGAGUAAAUGACCUCAGCGCGUCACGAGAAGGCGCGUGGACCUGGACGUUUGCAGACAGAGCCACCCACCAUGAGGUCUGACGUACUGAUGACAGCUGUCAAUCAGGCCAGGCGAAUACCACAUAAGAGGAAACAACAAAAUCGACUAAACGAAGCAAGUGGAGACACAAAUACCUACUCAGAGCAUAAAGAAAAUAACCAAGCAUGACGUGAUAGUAUGGUAAACCUUUUCUCGCAAAACCAAGAUAAAAUCCCUGUUUUUUUGUUUGUUUACCUGUGAGCAGCAACGAAUUGAUGUGUGCUUUGUUGGAACUCUGGUGACCUCCACAUAUAAUCCCUGUCUGUUUAAAGAAGAACUAAAGUAAGAGUUUCCCCUCUAAAGACAAAAAAGUUACCUUAUCCUCUCUGCACCAAGUGUAUUGUAUUGACUUUGUUGCUCUGCAGCGAAUUUUAUCAGAAUUUGUAGUGAUAUGAUCUAUUUAACCAUUCUAAGUGUUACACAAAACUUAGGUGUUUUCUUUGAGAUAUUUCUGAUAUAAAUGUGACAUUGCAUCAUUGUUAGUGUUCUCUGUAGUUUCACGGCUGGCCGUGCGCGGCUAUGGUGGUGGUAUUUGGCAUAUAUUUGAUAUUGACAUAGUUUAUGGCCGAGACUUUCAGUGUUUAUGCCAAAUUAAUCAAAGUCCUCUUGAAGAAUAUGGAUUUGUGUUGAGUUUACAGCAUGAGAAAUGUUGUGAGAAGAAAUCUGAAAUAUUGCACCUGGCUAAUUCAGCUUUGCAAAACACAACAUGUAGCUCCCUAUAAUUACAGACAUUAUGUGUAUUAUAUUCACAUUGACAUAAAUGCAGAACUUAUCCUUGAAUGGACGUGGAAACAUUAAUUUGUGAAUGAUGUUUUAUGUUUGGAGAAAUUGUAUUUAUUCAACUCUAUAUUUUUUAAGCCAAUGAUGAGUGGGAAAGUUUGGGGUGGGAAAUCGAAAAAAUAUGCAAUACAUGUAAUUGGUUAAUAGAGUAAUCAUUGUCUUUGUUUGGUUCUGAAACAACAACAAAAAAAACAGCAUCACUCCUGUGUUCGUAUUGUUAGCCUUACUGUAGAGCAUUUCUGUGAUGUACAUAUCUGUGCUAAUUUAACUGUAAAGUGAAUAAAGAAUAGUUCAUAUGA